AUGUCGAGCUUAGCUGUCGCUAUUCUUUUCCUCGCUCUACCCAAGUUUUCCCAGUCAGCUUGUCAUGGCUCUAAGACUGGCUACCGUGGAGAGUUCAUGGGGGAACUCACCAAAGACAACCAAGUGUUGGUUGGGCAUGUCAUCGCAACGUUAACUGUGAAAAGUUUUACCGAAUGUUUUGCUCAUUGCGAUGAGGACUGUAGGUGUAGAUCGUUCAAUUUGCCAAUGUCUGGUGAAGGGAAUUGUGAAUUGAACAGCGCAGAUAACAGCACAGUCUUGAUGAAACCGAAACCUGGAUGGCGCUAUCAUCAUUUACAAGUGAAAGAAGUUAUCGCUGGCGAUGUAAGUUUCUUGUUUUACCUUUAUUCUGCUGGCUUCCGAAAAUAUUUUUUACCGGAGCUGUGAUUUUUGCAUAGAAAUAAUAGGUUUAUUUUAUUUCUACGGAUUUCUGUUCUCCUUCAUUUAUUUGGGGAAUUCAUUUUAUUUGAGAUAUUUCAAAUGUUGGGACCCGGUGUAUAGAUAUUUUCCAAUCAACUGGACUAUAACAGUUGUAAACUGUUCCCUAUAGAGGUCCAGUAAAGGCAUCCCUUAAUUAAGACUUUUAUCCACACAUCGCAAAAACCAACUCACAAGAACACUGCGAGUACUUGCAUCUGAUUAAAAUAAACUGUUGAGCAUUGUGAUUGGAUGAAAGCACUCACAGCCAGCUUGCGACUCUUGCAAUGAAUGGAAAAGACGCUUAAUUAUUCCAGUCACUAAAGGUGGAGUUAUACGAGCAACAAAAUUGCUGCAAAUUGCAACAAAAUAUGAUUUUAACGCAUGUUGAGUAGAAAUGUCGACACAUAAAUUACAAAUCACAAGGCAACAUGUGUCGACAUUAAUACUUAACAUGCGUUGAAAUCAGAUUUUGUUGCAAGUUGCAGCAAUUUUGUUGCUCGUGUUACUCCACCUUAAGUUUUUUUAAUUCUAAAAUGUUCUCCCCUUACUGUGCAAGCAACAGCCCAGCAUUAAAUCUCUCCUGUUUUGCAGGACACUUGCUACGAGCCUUACUCUAACAGAUGCUGUGAUAACAACCCUUGUGCUAAUGAUGCGAAAUGUACAGAAACGGGCGACCGUGGGAAACCUGGGUUCAAUUGUACAUGCGCAAAUGAGUACAACACCGGCCCUUUAUGCAAACGAGAAAUCAACAGUUGCUUUGAUUACCUCUGGAAUGACAAGACGGUAAAAUCAGGUAUGGAAGCGAUACACGCGGUCAGCGCACCAUAGACGGAUUUUCAGAUUUUCCUUGGGGGGGAGGGGGUGUUGGAAAUUUAGGCGGGGUUGUCAAAAAUUUAGAGGGAUAGGUUGCGUAACGCUGCAGAGCACGCUGUAGCAGGGCACAGUUGCUAAUGGGUGUAAUAUUUUCUGGGGGUGGGGUGCAUUUUCUCUAGGUAGGCCCUCUUGCGCCUUCCCCUCACCUUACCGCUGAGAUAAACCUACGAACAGGUUGUUCCCGAUUGAUAUCAACAGGCUUGAACAAGAUUGUGCUACACCCUCCGGGCACGCCAGUUCACUGUCGUACUGAGAACUAACCUUUCACUGAUCUUUCUCAUUUAAUCAGGAUAUUUCGAUAUUUGGGAGAAAAACACGUUGGUCAAGUCUACAGUGUAUUGUGAUAUGCGCCCAGACGAGUGGGAAGCUUGGGCACUAGUGAUGUCAUAUUCUAAGGCAAAUGGCAAUGAUCCUGAAUUCGCGCCUUUUUAUGUAGACGUCCCCCGUGAUGAAACUGAUGCUGAUAGUGGGGAUUACAGGUAAUUACCCACAUUUACCGUAUUUACGGGGGAGGGGAUGUUGGUGGCACAUUGGUUAGUGCAGUAUCUGAUUAUAAUUGCGCCUCAUGUAAAUAUCCAGUAAGACUUAACUGGACGUCUAGGAGUAAGACCAGUUUAGAACUGAUAGAGCUAUCAAAUAUAAAAUUAGUUUAGGUUUCCUCCUGUAGUACCUUACUGGACCUCUAGGAAGAACAGUUUAGAACUGAUAGAGCUAUGCAGUAUAAAUAAAGUUAAUUUAGUUUAGGUUUCCUCCUGUAGUAACACUAGCCCUUAUAACAUGUUUUAACAUGGUUAUUUGAUGAACAAGCUUUCUUUCAGUGAUAGGGAUACAACUACCUGAAAAAUAUAAGGAGAAUUUUGACGUUUCGAGCGAAGGCCCUUCGUCUGGAGGUACUAGUCAAAUAUAAUAUUUCUUUGUAGGCUGUCUUUGGAAAAAAUGAAAAGUGUUAAGACAGGAAUGACAGGCGGCCGAUCGGUGGAAUGGAAAGCUACCUGUGGUUAUUCAUUCACUGAUGGACAAUCGACAAGUGAUGAUGUAGUUCGAAGCACUUUUCAAACCCUGGAUUUGUUCAACUUCAAAACGCAUGGUAGGUUAUUCUGGCCUCUCGUAGAGCUAUCCGGUAUAAUAAAGUUAGUAACAGGUUUAUUCCUAACACUGGACGAAUAAAGGAUCAACUUACCUGGACCGCUGGGAAGAACAGUGAUAGAGCUAUCCAGUAUACAGUAAAUAAAGUUCCUUAGUUUAGGUUUCCUCCUGUAGCAACAAUGGAACAAUAAGGAAUAUCCUUACUGGAUCACUAGCACGAACAGUUGAGAACAGAUAGAGCUAUCCAAAAUCCAAAUAGGUUGAUAUUUGGAUGAUAAUACAAUUUCUAUAGAGAAAGGUCUUGUUGGCUACUAUCCAUUUGACAAUGUUACUAAAGGCAAGGAUAUGUCCGGCUUUGGCAACCAUGCUACAAUGUAUGGCAUUACUUAUGAAGAAGGACCAUUGGGCAAUCCGGGGAGAUCAGCUAGAAUGAUUGGAUCUCUGUCUUCUUACAUUCGGGUAUGUUGGCUAUAG